AUUACUGUUUGCUGUUGCUUUGGAGCCUCAUAAAUAGGGCAUUGAAAGCACUUCCUGCAGCUGAAAGAAGCCCUGAGUAGCUCGUCUCAUUCCCAGCGUGCAGCUCAGCAAGGGGUCCGUCCUUCUCUGUCACUGUCUCUUUUGCCUGUUGUAAUUCUGUCUGCCUCUCUGGGACUCUGCCUGUCUCACUCUUUCUGUCUGUGCCUCUCCUCACUCUUGUUCUUUCUGCCUGAAUCACAGCCCUCAGUUUUUCUGUCCUCAUGCAUUUGUCUUUGUGGCUCUUUCCGUCUUUCUGCCCUUGACACCAUCCCCUCUCUCAGUGCUUUCCCUCUGUUUCCAGAUCGCUUCAUGACUUAGGCAGGGAAACAGAGGCCAGGGCCUCUUUCCUGGCUUCCCUCUGCAUCUUACUGAGUAUGCAGGUCGGAAGAGCCUCGGGUCAUGCCUCCGCGGGUGGCCUAGAGCCAAAGGAAGGCGGAGCCCAUCGGGGCGGGAUUGGCCCUUAGGGCCACCUCAUAAAGCCUGGGGCGAGGGGCAAGACGGCCUUGGGAAGGAGCCCUGUUGGGGCUGUUCGGUCCGACAGACCUCACAGCCUCAGUAGGGGAUCUGCAGUGUCAUGCCUGGGAGCCCUCGGCCCGCGCCGAGCUGGGUGCUGUUGCUGCGGCUGCUGGCGUUGCUGCGGCCCCCGGGGCUGGGUGAGGCAUGCAGCUGCGCCCCGGCGCACCCUCAGCAGCACAUCUGCCACUCGACACUUGUGAUUCGGGCCAAAAUCUCCAGUGAGAAGGUAGUUCCUGCCAGUGCAGACCCUGCUGACACUGAAAAAAUGCUCCGGUAUGAAAUCAAACAGAUAAAGAUGUUCAAAGGGUUUGAGAAAGUCAAGGAUGUUCGGUAUAUCUAUACGCCUUUUGACUCUUCCCUCUGUGGUGUGAAACUAGAAGCCAACAGCCAGAAGCAGUAUCUCUUGACUGGUCAGGUCCUCAGUGAUGGAAAAGUAUUCAUCCAUCUGUGCAACUACAUCGAGCCCUGGGAGGACCUGUCCUUGGUGCAGAGGGAAAGUCUGAAUCAUCACUACCAUCUGAACUGUGGCUGCCAAAUCACCACCUGCUACACAGUACCCUGUACCAUCUUGGCCCCUAACGAGUGCCUCUGGACAGACUGGCUGUUGGAACGAAAGCUCUAUGGUUACCAGGCUCAGCAUUAUGUCUGUAUGAAGCAUGUUGAUGGCACCUGCAGCUGGUACCGGGGCCACCUGCCUCUCAGGAAGGAGUUUGUUGACAUCGUCCAGCCCUAGUAGGGACCAGUGACCAUCACAUCCGUUCAAGAGUCCUGAAGACCAAGCCGGUUCUCCUCCCCUGCAGAGCUUUGGCCAUUACCACCUGACCUCUUGCUGCCAGCUAAUAAGAAGUGCCAAGUGGACAGUCUGGCCACCGUCAAGGCAGGGAAGGGGCCAUGACUUUUCCGCCCUGCUCUCAGCCUGUUGCCCCUGCCUCCCAAACCCCAUUAGUCUAGCCUUGUAGCUGUUAACUGCAAGUGUUUCUUCUGGCUUAGUCUGUUUUCUAAAGCCAGGACUAUUCCCUUUCCUCCCCAGGAAAAUGUGUUUUCCUUUGUCUUAAUCGAUCUGGUAGGGGAGAAAUGGUGAAUGUCAUACAUAUGAGAUGGUAUACCCUUGUGAUGUACAAUACCAGAAGGUAGUUUGACAGCAUCAUAAACAGGCUGACUGGUGGGAAUGAAAACAACAACAUACUGUGGCUGUGUAUCCUCUACUUCCCCUAUCUCAUCCUAAUCCUCUGAUACACUUUCAUCUGUUUGGGGGAGUCAUUUGGGGGACACAGAAUCACUCAAUGUGAGAGCUAGAAUGGCCUAACCUGCCUCCCAAUGCUGUUAUCCCCUCUAUACCAUUUCUGGCAGAGGGUCCCACCUGGUUAGCAUACCUCUUUGAAUAAGAAUGCACUGUCUCAGAAUAGGUACUACCUCUCCAAGUUAACUAUCCUUAAUGCCCUCAACUGAUGUCCAUAAGGCUUCUCUUCUGUCUCUUUUAAAUUACUAACAUCUUCAUUCCUAUUUCAGAACGUUUAAAAAGCCACAAAGCCUUUUUCUUAUAGAGUUGAAAUCCCCCUUUGCUGGCUUUUUACACCACAGAGAGGUGGUCCUCUUUUGAGGACAAAUUUCAGGAUAGAGCACCGGAGAGAAAUAACACAAAGGCCCUUGAGGGGAAAGGACGGUAAGUAGGGAAUAUACCUGGCAAUUAAGGCAGUUUUUUUCCAGCGGCUAGCCCUGCCAGAUGCUACAACAGGAAAAAGCCAGCUUUGAUCCCCAAAGAGCCCCCUGUACCCUUCAGCUGAGUACUCUCACCAUUGUGUCCUGGGCUCCCUGAGAUUCCCCAACCAAAGGACCCUCAGAGCUCCUCAGCCUCUGCAAGGCUUCCUGGCUUGCCCUGAAAGGAAAAGUCCUGAUAUUGGCCUCUAGGUUAAGGACAAGAGCUUAAAGUUUCAGAGCUUCUCCCUGGGGAAGCUCUGGCAAAGAUGACAGAGAUGGUUCUUUUCAAGGCCCAAGGUUGUUUUUUGAUAUGUGGUCUGCUGGUGAGGAGGGCCAUGCACAAUGUGUCAGAAGAAGGCUCUUGAUUUGCAGAAAUGGUGUAAAUGGAGACCCCUUUUGGCCAAGGAAGUGGGGAGGCGGGGACAAACAUAAUCUCUGUUCCACUUGGAAUGCUUCGCAGGGAGUCUCCAUGGGUGGGUUAAGCAAGAUCACCAAUUGAUCACACCAGCCUGGGGCAGAGGGUGUGGGGACAGGGAAGAAGAAGGGAGUUUGAGCUCCAGGUCCCUGCACAGGAAAAACAUUGGCAAUAGCCUUCUUACCAACCAACUGUCCCAUCUCUCUGCUCCUUCUGACUUACUAGGAUGGCCUCAGAGAAGUCAGUGUUAACCCAGCCUUAUCACAGUUGUGGAAGCAUCAGGUGAAUGGGAGAGUCAGGGGAUUAAUAAUAGUAGGAGCAAUGCCUUACAUCUAGUAGAGUGCUUCACACUUUCCCAGAAGCUAUUACUUAAUCAAUCUCACUUAAAUUGUGUCUGUACCAUAUGAGAAUAUCCUGUGCAGGGAUAAAUAUGCCCACUUGACCGUCUUACUGGAAACUGCACACAGUGAGGAAAUGUAGCUUGUUCAAUGACAAGUGGCAGAGCCAGGGCUGGGACUCAAAAGCAGUGAGAUCUGAUUGUUGGUCCAGAAGUUUGUUAUUCUCUCAGCUUGAUUAAACUGCCCUUACUCCUGUUCUU